UCCGUGCGAAUCUCCCUCCGCUCCGCUCCCAACAUGGCAAGAAAGACCCGCAACCCUCCGCCGAGGGCAAGAUCUCGCCGGGGCGCGCCGCCGCCGCCGCCGUCGCCGCCGCCGACGCCGCCGCCGUCGUCGUCAACCGCAGCCCCCGCGCUGAGCCCUCCCUUCUCCCCUGUCCGGUUUUGCGGCCGCCUUGGCGCUGCGGAGGCCGCCGCCGCCGCCGCCGACGUCGAGCACCCACACGUCACGCUGUGGGAGUGGUGGCCGGUGAGGCUGAAAGGGGAAGAGCGGAAGCUCGCUGUUUCCGGCUUCACUGAAAAGAAUUACCUAUUCACUUCUGCACCCAUAGCACAGCGUUAUGAGUCUCUCACGCUCCAAGAUGAAGAUGGGGUUGUGGUGCUCCUUUAUGGUUCAUUUAGCUUAUUGCGAAUGCGUGAGAAUGGGUUUUCUAUGCAGAUAUGUGAACAAUUCAUGAUUGGAUUUCCGUACUGGUGGGAGACUUGGGAUUCACACAUGGAAUCUUACCCAAACCUUUUUAUCCACCCACAAGAGGAUUCAGCUCAAUUUUACCUGGAGAAAUUCCAGCUAGGCAAUUUUAUUCAGAAGUUUGCACCUUUCUUAAUCAAGGACCUUAAUGAUGCUAAAAAGUUACCAAUCAAUGAUCUCGAUGCAUUCAUAGGGGGUUCAAGAUUUCAGGAACACAAUUGUGGAAAUGAUGUUUCAACUAAGGAAAAUUCUGCUGCUUCAGAUGAUGCCAGACCCGCAGCUGUAGCUAAUGUGGAAAUAGGCUUGAACCCGAGCAGCACUUCACAUGAAAGAGAUCAUGUGAACAUUGAGGGUAAUGUAUCUCUUGCUCCUACAGAAACAUAUAUUGGUGAUGAAACUUGCAAAGAGGCAGGAAAUCAGAAUGACACUAUGCAUCCAGAUGCAAGAGAAGAUGAUGCUGGUAGCCAUCUUUUUAACUCCGAUUGGACUUGCACUAUGUCCCCUAAUCAUAUGCCCAAUGACUCAGAAGGAGGAAAUGCCACCAAUGCUGAACUAGUGGCUUUAGAUCCUUUAGCCAGAGUACCGCCUAAAAGUUCUAAUUGCUGCUCAGAGAUUGCUGGUGCUUUUCAAAGUGUUGAACCCUUAAGUUAUCAAAGUGCUCCAGUGGCUUCAUUGAAGAAUCAACAAUACUUGGAAAGAAAUGAGCACAUCACAUUGACUCAGAAGGCAGUAUCAAAUAAAAAUGUACCAUCUUCAAUUCACUCGGAUGUGCAAUCUCCGAAAAAAACUGUAGGUUCAGCAAAGAAGCAGAGAUCUGCAAAGCAAGGGUUGGGGCGUCCUACUAGAUUGAAUUUAGCUCCACAUGCUUGGCUUACUCGUUCUAGGGUCCGGGCAUUAUCUAUUUCCACACCCGAGUCUCUCAAAAUGAGAAGGACCAGAUCAGGUCGAGUGAUAGUACCUCAAUUGGAUUCAACAAGAAGUUGGGUUGUCUAUGACAGGGUUAGUAAAGAAAUAUAUUUCAGUGUUAUAUCUUAUAUGAUUGUGUGUUUGUGCACAUGAUUAGCUAAUUUGUUAAUGCUUAAAUUAUCCUUGUUUGAUCUUGUCCAUUGCACCAAAGUCCAAAAUUAAACUGUGAAUGAUGCAAGAAGAGUUUCCUAGCAAAGGCUUCCAUAUAACAGAGGUGUCAGUCUAUAAGCUCUACGGUGGAACCGUUCCAAGAUAUAUAAUCAUAUUGCUAGGACUCGGAAGAGACUGAUCAAAUGUACUAGGGUAAAGCAUGCAUAAUCUGAAUAUUCACCAUCCCUUCCUAGUGUUCCGCACUGCAAAUUAUUGUUGUCACAAAUGUGAAACGUCAAGUUUGUUCUGGAUAAAGCAGUGCAUAACUUAUCGCGUAGAUGUGCUGUGAAGAUGCUUAUCUUAUGAUGUAAUUUUCAAUCUUUAGUAGGAUAUGGACGCCCCCCCCCCCUAGAUGAUUAGAUCUAUCUGCUGAUGGCAUGAGGGGAUUAACACUGCCUCAUUGAAUUCCGGUUGUUGUGCAGGAUCGGUUCAUUUCAGGCGUUGCUCAUACGCAUAAUGGUUUGUUGAGAAGCUCCUGUGCCAAAUUUGCUUGCCGUAUAUAGCUUUCCGUCCUUGUAAGCAUAAUCACGUGUGUCCUUUGGUGACAGGGGGCUAACUUGGCUAACUGGCAAGUUAGCGAGACUUGCAUGCAAGUCCAGAAGGUAACGACUUGAGUUUCGACAUGGAAGUUCCAAGGCUCCAGCACCAAGCGGUGGCUGACAGUAUAAGAUCCACUUGUUUCUACCACUGGAUAUUUGCAUAUUAGGACCUUGUAAUGUCAGAUAUGGGCAGCUUUUAUUUUUGUGCAAUCGAUUUGAAGUCAUCAAGAUUAUUUUUGUGCAAUCGAUAUGGGACCUGGAUAUCAACUAACUUACUCACCCUUAGAUGCAAUCGAUUUGAAGUCAUCAAGAUUAUUAUGUGCUCGAAA